UAUGGAACCUGAUUCUUCUCUCCGACCAAAAACCCAUUCUGUUUUCAACAAAAACGAUUCCUUGACCUCUUCUUGUCUUCUUUGGCUUUUCAUUCGCUGUGAAUCAAAUGCUUCUUCUGUAGUUGAUCCUAAAUAACUCCAAAAGACUCGAGUUCUAUGGACAAUUCAGUUCUUAUACAUCCCACGAGUUCUGAAAUCCCGGUCGAUCUCUUUGUCUCCAAGAAACAUCCUGGCCUGCCACGUGGCGACUUGGGUUUCCUGGAUUCAUCUGGUAACGUGGUUUACAAAGUCACCCAUCAAUCUCUCAAGUCAUCAUCCAAUAAGCGCGUGUUGCUUGAUGCCGCUGGAAAUCCUCUGCUUACUUUGUGCCUCAGUAAUAGUGGAUGUUGGCAAGGAUACAAGGGUGGUGAAGCUGAGGAUAGUCAGUUGAUAUUCAGAGUGCAGAGAACGAAAAACAAACUUACUCGAGUUGAGCUGGAGGUGUUUAUUGUUGGUGAGAUUUCGACAGAGCCGGCAACCUGUGAUUUCAAAGUUAAAGGCUUCCCUUUCCAAAAAUCAUGCAACAUCUAUAGUGGCAAUCUCAUAGUUGCUCAGACUAGUCUCAUGUACAAAUUGCACCAGCCUUUUCCCAAGAGGGGAAAAUUUCGAUUGACCAUAUUUCCUGGAUCUGUCGAUCAUGCUUUGGUUGCUGCCUUAAUUGUAAUAUUUCUUGAUUGAUUAGAGAUUACAGAAGAACUGAAGACCUUUAAGCAAACGAUUGACUCUUCUCAACGCAAAAUUGGAAACGUCAAUCUCUGAACUUCCCUUAGAGGUGAUGAAGAAAAAGAUCAUGUAUUCUGAUUAGUUAUAGUUUAGCUUAGCAGAAAAUGGUGUUUGUUGACAAGUAAAUUAAAGGAUUAUAAAACACUACAUCCUUCACACUGAGAAUUCUAUUGAAUUAAUACUUAACUGUGAUUUACU